AUGAUCCUUAUGAUCACUCGCUUUCCAUUUUUCUCUCGAGUAUCUCUCGAAGAUCAAAGUGCCGAGGAAAAAGGACCCAAGAACUCUGCUCUAAUAAUCUUUUGUAUCUCGUGUAUCACGUUCAUCAGCUGUUAUCUCGGGGGAUUGGUAACCGUCUCCGUCCCGGCUAUAUCGAAGGAUUUAGCCCUGGACCCCGGUAUAGAGCUUUGGCCGGUAUCCAUGUAUGCCCUUGCGACAGGAUGCACACUUCUCAUAUUGGGAGCCGUGUCGGACGCUGUUGGGAGCCGCAUUAUCUUCCUGAUCGGAUGUUUUCUCCAGAGCAUUUUCUGCAUGGCCUGUGGCCUCUCGGCGACAGGAACUCAAUUGAUUCUCUUUCGUGUCGUCUCAGGUCUAGCAACCUCACUAUGUCUUCCGUCAGCCAUGAGUCUUAUUAGUGAGCACUUCCCCGCGGGUAAAUUACGCAACCUCGCAUUUGCUUUCAUGGGGGGAGGUCAGCCAGUUGGCUUUGGGGUUGGGAUUCUGUGUGGAGGAAUUAUUGCCGACAGCGCUGGAUGGCGAUGGGGCUUCUACAGUGCGGCUAUCGCCAAUACCUUUGCCUUCCUCUUAUCUUGGUGGCAGAUUCCUCGCCGUCUCGUCGGAACCGUUGCCUGGCAUAUGCUGGUGUUUGGUAUUGAUUGGGUCGGGGCAGUCGCUGCUAGUGCUGCGCUAGGUCUGCUUUCUUAUGCUUUGUCGCUCAUCACAGGUGAUAUUAAAAAAGCGCACGAGGCGCCGACAAUAGCCUGCUUUUCGCUGUCAGGAGCUUUACUUAUCUUCUUUGUACUCUGGCAAAGCUUCCAAGACCGCCGCAACAAGCCGACCUUGAUUCGCAACUCACUCUGGAAGAAUAUGGCAUUCACGUGUAUCUGCAUCAACGUGUUCAUGAUCUGGGGUGCCUUCAACGCGUUCGAGCAGGUAAUCAACUUCUUCUUCCAGAACGUACAGCAUCUUUCUGGAAUCGAGACGGCCAUCCGGUUUAUCCCUACGCCUAUCACGGGCCUCCUGAGCGCCCUUGUAACAGGGUUAGUCUUACAUAGAUGUCGCGCCGACGCGAUUAUCAAUAUCACCACGAUAAUAUCCUGUGUAUCGCCGCUGAUCAUGGCCUUAGUAGAUCCAGCGUGGGUUUACUGGCGCUGUGCAUUCGUGGCGAUCUGUCUGAAUUCGAUUGCCGCUGACUCACUAUUCACUGUAUCGAAUAUUCUCAUCGCGGGGGUCUUCCCUGCUGAAACGCAAGGACUGGCGGCGGGUGUGUUCAAUACAGUCUCACAGAUUGGGAAGAGUUUCGGACUGGCGAUCGUGGCGUUGAUCUCUAAUCAAAUCACCGGACAACAAUCGCAAUUCGACGAUAAAGGUAGUCCUGAGGCACUGAUGGUGGGAUACCGUGCGGCAUUCUGGACAUUAUUCGGGAUGAAUAUCGCAAGUCUAGUGGUUAGUUUGUUCGGGUUACGAAAGGUCGGCAAUAUCGGAAAGAAGAAAACGCAGUAG